UCAUUAGUUUGACUUACUUGGUUUUUGUACUGUGGGAAAGAAAAGAGUGUGUGUUAAGUCAUAUUUUAUUUUAUUUUUCUUUUUUAUUUAGUUGAAUUAUUAAAGUCGAAUAGGUGUGAACGGAAAAUGGCUGAAAAAGGGGCUUUAUUAGCGAAAUCAGUGCAAAAACAUGCAGGACGUGCAAAAGAAAAGAUACUCCAAAAUCUGGGAAAAGUGGACCGAACUGCCGAUGAUAUAUUUGAUGAACAUAUAAAUAAUUUUAAUCGACAAUACAAUAAUGCUAAUAAAUUGCAAAAAGAAUUUAAUAAUUAUAUUAGAUGUGUGAGAGCUGUUCAAUCGGCAUCAAAAUCUUUAAUGGACGCAAUAUGUGAAAUAUAUGAACCACAAUGGAGUGGUUAUGAUUCAGUUUUAACACAAGCUCAGGCAACUGAUGCCCUAUGGCAAGAAUUUUCCCAUAAACUUGGAGAUCAAGUAUUAGUCCCACUAAAUACUUAUACUGGACAAUUUCCUGAAAUGAAGAAAAAAGUUGAGAAAAGAAAUCGCAAAUUAAUUGAUUAUGACAGUCAAAGACAUUCUUUCCAAAAUUUACAAGCAAAUGCAUCAAAACGUAAAGACGAUGUUAAAUUAACCAAAGGAAGAGAACAACUGGAAGAAGCACGACGUAUUUAUGAAAUACUAAACACAGAAUUGCAUGAUGAAUUGCCAGCACUUUUUGAUUCAAGAAUUUUAUUUUUGGUAACAAAUCUUCAAACUUUAUUUGCUUCAGAACAAGUUUUUCACAGUGAAACUUCUAAGUUGUAUGCGGAACUAGAGGCUAUUGUUGAUAAAUUAGCAACGGACUCUCAGAGGGGAUCAUACACUUUGAAAAAAUCGGAAAUUCCAUAUUACAAUAAUUUUUCAGACAAUGCCUUGAAAAUUAUACCAGACUCUGUCAAAAAUAAACAAAAUGCUAAUUAUUCAAAUCAGACCAAUAAUACUAGUAUCCCGAGUCCUACAACAUCUAAUUCCCCUUCUAAUAUUGAAACUCCUUCAACAAUCAACAAUAAUGAAUCUAUAAAUAAAAAUACUGAAACAAAAAUUCAUAAUAAAUUAGACCAACAAAAUGAUAUUGAUAACGAGCCAUCAUAUCAAAAUACACCAACGGCGGCAUCUGGAAGUUCACCAUUGACAAAUCAUUUAUCAAAUAAUGUUACUUCAGUAGAAAAUGUAGAUGAGGAAAAAGAUAAAAAUUUACAGCCACAAAAUCCAGUUUCAAAUAAUUUUGAUACCAAGUUAACAAGCUCAAAUAAUAAUGAAAAUAAUAAAACUGAACAUCUUAAUGGGAAUAUGGAGAAAAGUAUAGUAAAAUCUAUUCCAAUAGGCGCUAAAACAAAUGACCUUCCACCUGGAGUUUUGUAUCGUGUCAAAGCCACUUACAGCUAUCAAAAGGAAGACGCUGAUGAACUUAACUUUGAAGUUGGAGACAUAAUCCGAGUAAUAGAAUAUGAUGAUCCAGAAGAUCAGGAAGAAGGUUGGCUUAUGGGUGAAAAAGAAUCGACAGGGGAAAAAGGAUUGUUUCCAGCUAAUUUUACGCGUCAAAUAUAAUAAAACAAAAAAAAAAUAUAAGAUAAUUUAAAAACAAUUUGAAAUUAUAUCAAAGCAAACAAUCUUGUAUUAAGUUAUGUCAUUUAUUAUUUAAUGUAUAAGUAAAAAAAAAAACAAAGUCAAAUUUCAAUCAGAAAACAAAAUGUAACAAAAAUGUAGAUUAAAAAAAAAACUAAAAAAAAAAAACAAAAACAAAGUGGCCAAAAAAUGUAUAUACAUAUACAUAUAUGCAUACAUAGUUGUCAAAAACACAUAUAGAGAUGUGUGUACAUAGAAAUAAAAUAUUAUGUAUAUAAUGUAAAUAUUUACAUAUAAUUAUAUGUAAAUAAACAAAAUAUAUUAUAUCAUGUUAUAAAUUCAGAAUAUAGAAGUAUAAAAUAUAUAAUUGUAAAUUAAAUAUACAUAAAUACAAAUAUAAUGAUUGAGUUCAUUUAUGUAAGCAUUAUGUAUACGUAUAUAUGCAAUUAUAUAAUCUGAAGUCUGCAAAAUUUACAAUUUUUGAUAUUAUAAAUUUAUAUACAUAAAAAAAAAAUUUGUUUUCUUGUCCAAAUAUCUAGUAUAAUUAUGUUCGUACAUUUUCUACAUACAUGUGUAUAUGUAUAUGUUUUUUAUAUGUAUACGUAUAUACAUAUGUAUAUAUAAUGUAUAGAUAAAUGUUGUUUUCAAAUCCAAAAGUCAAAAAUAAAAAACUCAAAUUUUUUAAUCUAAUAUUUUUUUUUUUUCUGUAAGAAAUUAAAGAAAAAUUUAAGGGGCUUAUCCUGAGAAGCACAUCACUUAUGGUAAUAGUGUAUAAAUUUUAUAAUCGCUUAUAACAUUGUAUUAUCGUAUAAAUUUAAAAAAAUUCAUUGUAGACACAAAUAUUUUGUAUGGAAUGAUUUGUGUUUACAAUAAUAAUAUCGAACAAUUUACUAUAAAUAUCACUAUACAAAAUAAGUAAUUCAAUUCUCGGGGCAAGCUCCAUUACAAGAAAAGUUAAGACUUGAAAAAUAUUUUAGAAAAAAAAAGACAAUCGAAUUUUACUCAAUGUUCGUGAUGAUUUUUUUUUUUUGUUUGUUGUAAAUUUUUGCAGAAACUCCAACUUAUUAUAUAAAAUGAAAAUCUGCUAAAUUCAAAACAAUAAUAUGUAAUUUUUUUUUUUUUGAAUUUAUUUUUAUUAUAACAUUUUUUUUAAAUAUUUUAAAUAAAAAAACAAUGUCUUUUGGAAAACAAGAAACACAACAUUAAUCGAUUGUAAUUGCGCAAAAAUAUUACUUCUAAAAUGAAAAAAUUAUGUAUUUAUAUAUUGUUUGUUUUUUUUUUUUCGUUAACUAAUUUUACUAAAUGAUUUUAUAACGAUUUUUAAUUUAUAAUUAAAUUGUAUAGAAGUGAAAGUAAUUAUUUAUUAUAAUUGUAUAAACAAAAAAAAAAUUAAACAAAAAAAAAUCAACAAAAAAGAAAACAGUGACUCAAAUAUAUUUUAACUUUGAAUAUAAAAGUUUAUAAAAAUAGAAGAAAGUUAUGAACAGGACAAAAACAAAAGUCUCGAAGAAGAAGACAACUAAAUAAAAUAAAAAAAGCUCAAACAGGUUAUCAUAAAUUAAAAACUAUAUAUUUUUUUUUUAAGUUUCAGUUGGAAUACCAGAUAAUAUAACUUUGUCGUUAGAUAUUUAGAUGUUUCUUGAACAUACUAAUAAAAUCAAAUUAAAAUUAUUGGUAAAAAAAAUAAAAAAAUAUUGAAAUUCGUUA